UUUGAUUUUUUUGGGUCUGAUUUGCUUCUCCGACUAGCUUAUGAGGAUGUGAGAUGUUGCCCGCAGUUAAUGAAGUGUCUUGAAUAUUUUGGUUUUUUUUGAUUUUUGUUUAUAAGUAAAAAAUUUGUUGCUAUUUUUAAUUGUUUAAUUUGUAAACGUUUCUCUUAUUAACAAUGGCCACCAGUAUUAGGACUCCUUUACAAACUGUCCAUGAAUCUGUUGCAACCACCACAACAACCGGAUCAACAACUGGGCGAUCUUUCUCUGCGCGAGGACCUGAAAAUCACCAUAUUGGCCGUUACAGGCUAUUAAAGACUAUUGGUAAAGGAAAUUUUGCCAAAGUUAAGCUCGCCCGUCAUCUUCCAACCGGCACAGAAGUUGCUAUUAAAAUAAUUGAUAAAACCCUUCUUAAUCCAUCAAGUCUUCAAAAGUUAUUCAGGGAAGUAAGAAUAAUGAAGAUGUUAGACCAUCCCAAUAUAGUCAAGUUAUACCAAGUCAUUGAGACUGAAAAAACCCUUUACCUUGUUAUGGAAUAUGCUAGUGGAGGUGAAGUUUUUGAUUAUUUAGUAGCUCAUGGAAGAAUGAAAGAGAAAGAAGCAAGAGCCAAGUUUCGUCAAAUAGUGUCUGCAGUUCAAUAUUGUCACCAGAAAAGGAUUAUUCACCGAGAUUUGAAAGCAGAGAAUCUUCUUUUAGACUGCGAGAUGAACAUUAAGAUAGCUGAUUUUGGUUUUAGUAAUGAAUUUAGUCCAGGACAAAAAUUGGAUACAUUCUGCGGGAGCCCUCCUUAUGCUGCUCCAGAAUUAUUUCAAGGUAAAAAAUAUGACGGACCUGAAGUAGAUGUUUGGAGUCUAGGGGUAAUUUUAUACACACUAGUCAGUGGAUCCCUACCUUUCGAUGGCGCCAACCUCAAAGAACUUAGAGAAAGAGUGCUCAGAGGAAAAUACAGAAUACCUUUCUAUAUGUCGACUGAUUGUGAAAAUCUUCUAAAAAAGUUUUUAGUUCUCAAUCCCGUUAAGAGAUCAUCUCUCGAGGCAAUAAUGAAAGAUAAAUGGAUGAAUAUUGGCUACGAAGAUGACGAAUUAAAACCUUUCAUUGAAGGCGAAACUGAUUUUAUUGAUACUAAAAGAGUUGAAAUUUUAAUGUCCAUGGGAUAUUCUAAGGAUGAAAUUGAAGAGUCUCUUAAGAGCAAGAAAUAUGAUGAUUUAAUGGCUAAUUAUUUAUUACUCCAAAAAAGAACUAACGAGAGUGAACAAAGUGACUCUCGAUCAAGUUCAAGUCUUUCAUUACGCGGUCCUCGACCCAGUGUUGAGGUUACAUCUAAUAGUCAAUCACCAUCUCACGUAAAAGUACAGAGAAGUGUCUCAGCUAGCACUAAACAAAGAAGAUUCAGUCAUGGAGGAGAUGCUGACACAGCACCCAGUGUUCCCAAUGACAAAAUAACCAACUCAGGACAAGCCACCUCAAAGAAAGAUAGACCUCUCUUAAAAUACAAUACAGAAACCAAUUCUGUAAAAGAGACUUCUACUCCUGCCACCAACGGCCCACAAUCACCUUUGACUACCAAUACUACCACCACAACCGCCACAAAUAAAUCUAUUAAAUCUCCUCCUUCUUCUUUGACAACGGAAAAUGCCCCAUUUAACCUUGGCCCUGUACUUAAUACCAAUAAGCUUACCGGUAUGGGAUCUUUAAGGCAACGGACAGUGUCGCCUGUAACCAGUUCCGGAGUUAAUAAAAAUACACUUAGUGGUAUCCCGCGCCGUAAUACAUUCAAUUACAAUGAGAACAAGAGUGUCUCGACCGAGAAAACAACUGCAGUGACAGAGACUUCUUCCACUAGCGCUCCAUCAACUGAAGAUAAAGAUAAAACUUUGAACUCAUUAACCACAACUACAGCUGUAGCAACUUCUUCUUCAAGUACUACUACUAAUACUCAGACGACUACUAUAGCAGCAACGACGUCGUCUACAAGUUGUUUUACUACUUCGUCAAGUUUGCGUCCGAAAGGACAUACUAAAUCAGCUUCACUAUCCUCGUCUACUGGACGCUCUUCAAGCAGCUCUGAAGCCCGUUCAGAAUCGCAUUCUGAAACCAAUCGGCCGAGCUCAUCGACGGUAAAAGGAAGCUCAUCAACACCCAAACCCGUGAUAAACCGAGCCUUUCCUCGAGGGACCGCAAAUCGUAGCACCUUUCACAGUGGUCAAACUAGAGAAAGAAGGUUCGAUCGAAUGACAUUUGAUGGCUCUGCAGGAGCACCGUUGCAAACACAGGACACGCUAUCUGUCAGCCAGUCCAGGCAAUCGUUUUUCAGCAAAUUAUCGUCUAAAUUCUCUAAAAGGUUGCUAGAACAUGCUAAAUCUUUCAGUUCAAUUAUUAUCAAUAUUAAUCUCUUUUUACUUUUCCCUUCUUUUUCUGUCUUUUCUUCUCUUGCAUUAUCUUUUUUUCUCUCUCCUACCUUCUUGUUAUUUGUUUCACUCCUUAUUCCCAACAAAUGGCCCGCAACUGUGAUGGCUGAAUUUCUCUUCUUUCGCCGGACAAUGAACGAUGAGCAGGUAAAGCCUCGAUCAUUACGCUUCACUUGGAGUAUGAAGACAACGUCAUCAAGAGAUCCUACAGAAAUUAUGGCCGAAAUAAGGAAAGUGUUAGAUAAAAACAAUUGUGAUUAUGAGCAAAGAGAAAAAUUUCUUCUUUUAUGCGUUCAUGGUGAUCCUAACACGGACGCUCUAGUACAAUGGGAAAUCGAAGUGUGUAAACUUCCUCGUUUAUCUCUUAAUGGUGUACGGUUCAAACGUAUUUCUGGUACAUCGAUUGGUUUCAAAAAUAUAGCAUCUAAAAUUGCCAACGAGUUGAAACUCUGAUGGAAAAUUUGAGUCUCAAGUAUCACCAUUAAAAAAUUGAUUUUCAUCACUUUUUAGCGCGGAAGAUCAGUUCGAUUUUCAAUAAAACCGACUGCUUUGAAAAUCGAACUGAUUUGUUUUACAGAAACAGAAAAUUUUAUUUCUCAAAAAAAUAAGUGCAUUUUCUGGUUGAUCAUCAAAAGUUACAUCAUUAAAAUGAAGUUUCAUGAAAAAAUCUGGUUCCAUAAUUGAUCCAAGGCGAUCGAAGUUUCAACUCUGGAAUCGAUUUUCUCGGAAACUGUCGAUCGGAGAGACUUUUUUAAUAUCACUAAUGGACUCGGUUUUUAUGCCCCACAAACCCAAAAAGUCCCAACUCUUAACUCGAAAGUCAAGGUUUUUGACAAUACAAUUUUUAUGAGAAAUUGAAUGAUGAGAAAUUGCUCAGUAUCAUCAUUGAAAUGGAAAAUUUGAAUCUUCUAAGGCUGGUUGAAUGAUAAUGGACAUUCACACAGAAUGCUCUUAACCCAUCUUUAGUACUGUAAAAAAUUAAAAUAUCCUAUCUGAUUCAUUUUGAUUAUUUAUUCUGGAUUUGUAAUUUUUCAAAAUUCAGAUGAAAGAAAAUCUAAAUUCAAAAAAACGCGCAAUGAGACUCAAUCAAUAUAAUGACUAUCUUAAUUGUUCCUUCCUCAUGAGUUUUAACUUAUCCACUGUAAAUUUCCAUUUAGAUUAAAACGAAAUUCAAUUUUAUUUUAA